UAAAAAGCAGAUUAAAACAGGUUUAUCCAUUUCAUUCUAGAGGAAACCGCACACACACACAUACACAGUGUUUGGGACUAUGGCUUCCACCACCUCGGGUGAUGUUCUGCCCACAGGCGGCCGGAUCUUCACCUCCAUUCCUGACGUGUUCUUCAUCCCUGAGUUUGUGUUCGGGGGUUUGGUGUGGAUCCUGGUGGCGUCGACUUUUGUCUCUCCGGCCAACCCUCUGGGCUGGGUGAUGUUCGUGUCCGUCUUCUGCUUCGUAGUGACGACGGUCUGGUUCUUCAUCUUCCUCUGCGGAGCCAAUCAGAGCAGCGUCUGGCCCUCCCUGGAUGUGGCCUAUCAUUUUGUGGCGGUGGUUUUCUACCUCAGUGCGUCGGUGGCUCUGGCUUACAUCACCCUCGUGCAAGACCAGCUUUUGGUGAUUGUAACGACGUUUGAAAAUCUCAAAUUCUACCGACUGGACAUCGCUGCAGUGGUGAUGUCCUACGUGGCCACUCUCCUCUACUUCCUCCACGCCAUCUUCUCCGCCAUUCGAUGGAAGAGGUCCUAAAACAACGAGAAGACCAAAGGGAGAAGAAACCAAAUAACCUGCUGGUCGUCGGACUAAACACAGAAUGACCUUUUUGUGUUUUUUGUUCUUUAUAAUUUUCAUGUCAGUAAAAGAAUUUUAGUUUUGAACCAAAGUGCCAAAACGUCAAAUGAAUGAAGGUUAUUGAUAAAUGUUUAUUGAUCUGGUUAGCGAGGAAGACCUGAACAUUAUUACCCCACAAUUUACUCUUAUUAUUAUUAAUCAGAAAGACAGUUUGGUCAGAAGGUAAAUGAGCCUGUUCAAGUUCAAAAUAGUCAGAAAUAAAUGUAUGAGGAAUAUAGCAUAUAGCACAAGGAAGGCUAAUGAGUGUAAAUAACUAAUUCAAGAUAUUAUUAAUAUCUAGGAGCAGUUACAUUAUGACAUUUUAAUUCACAUUCACUUUUUUUUUUACUUGCACUGUCACCAAAUAAGAGAUAAUUCACCCAAAUUACAAAAAACAUUACAUACUUACCUAAAGACACCGUUUUGUGGCCAAACAUCGCCCAGCAGAGUGUAACUCAUUGGUUAUUGGUGACUUUACUGUACAGGUAAAAACGACAAAUGACCCUAAAACUUGGUGUAGGCUAUUUCUUAAAGGACGUUUCUCUUUAAAAAGGUGCAGUAAACAUUUCUACAAUCAACGUAACAUUAAAGCAUUUCAUAGAAUAGCAGAGCUUAGUGUUAGUAUAGCACAGUACAUUUAAAUCGCUAAUAAAUCCUCAAAACCUCCGCACCCGCAUGUUUUCUUCAUGUUUAGUAUGAACAAAAGAUAAAUGCAUUUAUAAAUACAUAAACGACUCCCAAGUUUCUAUUCUUUAUUGAAAGGCUCAGUUUUGAUGUUUGCCGCAUGAUUUAUUAUUGUUUGCAUUUUUCACGAGAACGUCCAAACAUUUGAGGGUGUAAAUAUUUAGAUGAUUUCACUUUACAAGUAGUUUUUGGAAUCUAUGAUGUGAAAUAAAUUAAUUGGACAUUUAAA